UUACGUACCGGUGACAGGCUGCGCUCAAAAAUGAACGCAAUGACAUGAGCGGACCCCAGGAACUAUCCAAGUCAAACACAAAACCUGACACAUUGAGCAAUUCAAGAUGGUUUUAGAAAGUAUUUCAAGGAUAAUAAAAGUCCAGCUUCCAGCAUACCUCAAGAGGCUUCCGCUUCCGGAGACCAUCGGCGGAUUUGCAAGGUUGACAGUGUCCGAGUGGCUCCGGUUGCUCCCUCUCCUGGGUAUCUUGGCUCUUCUGGGCUAUCUGACCAUUCGUCCAUUCCUGCCUAAGAAGAAGAAGCAGAGAGACAGCCUGAUCAACCUGAAGAUCCAGAAAGAGAACCCAAAAGUGGUCAACGAGAUAGACAUCGAGGACUUGAACAGCGCCAAUGUGUGUUACUGUCGCUGCUGGCGCUCCAAAACUUUUCCUGUGUGUGACAAGUCACACUUAAAGCACAACGAGCUAACUGGAGACAACGUGGGACCGCUCAUACUCAAAAAGAAGAUACUGUAAUCGACCACUGAUGGGAGUUUUGCUUUCACCUCCACAAGCCUUUAGUUUUCUUCUCCUAACAGUUUGUAGUUUGUCUACUUUUUUUUUAAACAAGAAUCCUGUUCUGGCCUUGGUGUCAUGUUGUUGGUCUGAAAAAAUGACUUCCUCAGUCUUUAUUUGAAGUGCUUCUAACACACCUAAAAAUACAAAUUGACAGUCAGAUUGUGUGACAACUGCAUUUUAGGUUGUGCAGUUAAGAAGGUUUUGCUUGUUGUGUUUUUUUUGUUUACCCUUUCUUCAGUCUUCAUUUUUGUUGGUUAACAGAACACUUUUUAUAUGACUGUAAACUCAACUUUAGUCAUGUCUCAGUCUUGUUCAAAUCAAUUACAAUUUACCAUUGGGACCACUUUGAGGGAAUAACUUGAAACAUAAAUGCAGUGACUUUAAUGAUGACUUUCAUUAAUUUGAACACAUCAGGGUAAAUCCCUCUUAAAUGGUUGUUUGAAUUAGACUUAAUACUACUCCAACCUGUAAUUAACAUUUUGUACUGUAUGUCUUUAUUCUGGAUGGUUCUUUGGUGUGUUUUGUUUUUUUAACAGUCAGCCUUUGUAGUGUUCUUUUCUGUGAAAUAUUCUCUUAUAAGUUAUUGUGUGUAUGGGAGGCUACUUAUUAUUUUUUUCAGAUGUAUUUUGUUCAUAGCCUUUAAACAUUUGAGUUUUACACUUAAUAUCCAACUCCGUUGCCUACAAACAUUUCAAACCACUGCAUCGUUUAGUAAUACCCAGUUACAUAGUUUUAACCUCACUGCCCUAUUGAGGUUUGAGAAUGUAACUUCUGCAACUUCAGCAGCUCUGUACCGUUUUUUGUUUUUGUUUUGAUAGCCUUUGCACUGUCAUAAUGGCUGUAUAUAGUUGACUUUCUGCU